CUCGCAUUGAAUGCCUUUGACUCAGUUGUCAUUGAAACGUUAAUUCAGUUUCAAAAACAUUUUCGUUUUGUGUGACAUUUGAGUGCAAUUUGCGUGAAAGCUAAUGAACCGAUCGUUUAAGGAUAUCGACAAAAGUCUGUCGGAAUCAAUGACUAAAUCCAAGAGUGAAACAGAGCGUUCAUUACGAGGACUCAAUUUCGGCAGACUUUACCUCAAGAACAAUGAAUUGGACAGCGCUUUGAAGUCUGUGAACUCCUAUUUGAAUGUUAAGCCCAACUCCAGCGAUGGACAUAAACUGUUGGCACAGAUAUAUGAAGCCAUGGGUGACAACGAUCGGGCGGUUAUUAAUUAUAGAAAAUCUCUGGACUUCAAGAUUGGC